AUUCCGACUCGGAUCGCCGACAAUCGUCAUAUCAGUGGCCUCACGUCUCGCCGGCUUCGCGACAGCCUGCGGUGACUGGCGACUAUCAACAUUCUCUUUCAACAUGCCGGGUCCUCACAUGCCGCCUGCCAUUCCCAUGCAUCCGCAUAGGAGGCAGAGCGACUAUCACUACCAGUAUCAACAGCAAUCGCACUCACCCAUGCCUCCGAACAUGUAUGCUGGCUACCCUCCAGCGCCCUACCUCGGACAACCUCACCCUUACGCGCAACCGCAAUGGUAUGCACCAUACCAGCAACAGCAUCAGUACACGAUGCCUCCUCGACAAUAUCAGCCACAACCACAACCACAUGGAGGCCCGGUCGUAGUCUCAAGUCACCCGCACCUACACUCGCCGUCUUUGAAUCGCGGCAUGAUGAGUACUCCUCCGGUCGCUCCUUCGUAUACUCCGCCCACAAUUCAGCAAGCCUCUCAACCUCCGCCACCCGCUACGCCAACUCCUCAGACUCCCUCAGUCUCAUCGCAAGCGCCUGCUUCACCACCUACACCAACGACGGAAACUACAACUGCUACGACGCCUCCUCCUCCUCCAGACUCGUCCUCAGGUUCUGUAACAACGCCUUCUCAGUCUACCGCGCAGCCGAACACACAGACACCAAGUCCAUCUGUCGAAGGGCGAAGAAUGCCAUUCCAGGCUCCUUUGCCAUGGUAUUCCAAUAAAGGUGAACAGUUUCCUUCACGGGCUCCACGGAGGAGACUGCGCCGUGACGUAGUGCCCAUCACAGAGCAAAUCAAAAUAUCUUCCUUAUCUUCUGGAGAGCGAAUAGUUUCGACAGCUACCCCAGCACAGGGGCAGGAUGCCGUCCAUACAGACGCGGUUCCAGAGCAAGAUGCACAUCAGACGCUUUCGAUCGAGACCAUCUCACAGACCGAAUCUAUCGCUCCGUCCACGCCACCUUCUUCGGCAACAGCCCCCGAGAGUGACAAGACUCCGACUGUCAAAUCACAUACCCGGAGUUCAACAAUACCUGCUGUGCCAAUAGUACCCUUGCGGCCUGCUGUGCCACAAAGUCAAAAGUCCCCCCGUCCCAAUGUCAAUGGAAACGCUACCGACAGCUCUACAGAGCCGACGACAGACUUCGCUGCAUCUCAAUCCACUGUCGUAGGGAGCGAGCAGGCAGCUACAGUUUCUUCACCUCCUGCGGCGCCCAAAUCCUGGGCUGAGCUAGUACGUCUCAAGAAUCCCGCAGCUGCUGUUCAGGCAUCGCCUGCAGCAGCGAACGGUGCUUCAGGAUCGAACGGAUUUCCCAUUAAUAAGAACGCCACUAUCUCUGACGUUCUCACUGCCUACACCGUCGAAUCCGACAACAAAGUUGCCUUUCUUGAGCCCCGCGGCCUCGUGAAUACCGGCAAUAUGUGCUAUAUGAAUUCUAUUCUGCAAGCUUUAGUUUUCUGUGUACCCUUUUAUGAUUUCAUUGAUCAGGUCGGCAAGCGAGCUGCGCACAGCUUCAAGUCAGACACUCCUUUGAUCGACGCGAUGAUCAUGUUCCUCCGCGAAUACCAAGUUAUCGAUUCAGCCACUUCCGUAGAACAACUCCGCAUGCGGCUCAAAGAUACCGAACUUGAACAAUACGGGGAGGCUUUCACCCCAGAAUAUGUAUACGAGGUCAUUCGAAGGCUAGCAAGCUUUGCUCACAUGCCCCGAGGACAUCAGCAGGACGCAGAGGAGUUCCUGGGCUUCUUAUUGACUGGAUUGCACGAUGAGAUUGCGCAGGUGAUGGGGAGAUUGCCCGCGAAUGGCGAAGCUGUGGACACCAACGUAAGCUCACCUCCGAGCACAUCUUCAACAGAUGCAGGCUGGCUGGAAGUCGGACCCAAGCAGAAAUCAGCAGUCACACGCUCCUCCGGGAGCAUCGAUCUGGACUCACCCAUUACCAAAAUAUUUGGAGGUAAACUCCGUUCAGAGCUCCGAGUCCCAGGUGCCAAAACAUCUGUUACUCUCGAGCCAUAUCAGCCGCUCCAGCUUGACAUUGGGGCUCCUCAUGUUGGCAACAUCGUCGAUGCUUUGAGGAGCCUGACUCAACCGGAAACACUGCACGGUGAUUUCAGUUCUCCACGCGGACCAGGAAAGUCGGCUACCAAACAAGUCUUUAUCGACAGCCUGCCACCGGUGCUCAUCCUUCACUUAAAGCGCUUCCAGUACGACAAUGCCGGGGGUACGCAAAAGAUCUGGAAAAAGGUCGGAUAUCCCCUGGAGCUUGAGGUUCCCAAAGAAGUGUUCCCACCCAGCAAGCGUGCUGGGCUUGCAGCGCAUGGCGGUCCUCCAAAGUAUCGUUUGAUCAGUGUAGUCUAUCACCACGGAAAGAAUGCCAGUGGAGGUCAUUACACCGUCGACGUACGCCGCCAAGAAGGACGAGAAUGGAUUCGCAUUGACGACACCAUCAUCCGACGUAUCAGAAGCGACGAUGUCGCGGAAGGAGGGAGCGAAGAAGACCCCAAGCUCCUUGCUACGGCCUUGGAACAGCACAAGCGCGACCAAAGCAGGCAUCGCAACCUUUUUGAGGGUCUUGGUGAGGAGCAGGAACGGGCAGAAGAGGGAGGAUGGAAGGAUGCCAACGCCCAACCCGGACGCAAGUGGACCGGCGUAGCCAAUGGUACUGCCACGCCGAGCACCACCGGGAAGCACACUCCAAAGGACAAGAGCGGAUACAAGGACAACAAGGUUGCAUACAUCUUGUUCUACCAACAAAUCAAGUCCUGAGGAGCCAGAACAACAGCAUUAUCUGCUAAAAGAAAAUUAAGAGCAGGCCAGGCUCUCCUGCUCAGGGACGGCCAACCCCAAACACCAAAAAAGAUCUAUCAUGGUGGAAAAGUGAGCUUUUGCGCGUUGACGUGCUCCACGGACUGGAUAUAUGCCCUGCCGAUGACCUGAUAAUUGCACCUACCCAGUGAUCUCGAGAUAUACCAUAGGUCUAUUAGCUUUAUGUAUGUAGCACAGCUAAGUUGAGGGUGGUACUGUUCCAAAUGAUAGGGAAGAGACGAAUGGAAGACGUAAAAUGCAUAGCUUACGCGGUGCACAAAAUCUUUGAUAUAAGGAGCUGGCCGACUCAAGCUCGUAGCAUGCGAGUCUAUGCUUAGGCGAUCUAUCGGCGUAGCUUAGUGUGCUAUAUUCUUUUGAGAUCUUCUCGACAAUAAAAAUGUUUCCCUUUACUCGGUCUACUUGAUGCUUUCGUUCA